GUUACUGAAAUCUGCAGCAUUUUCUUAGCAGUACGAUUUGUCUUAUUUGAACCUGGGAAUCACAAACACCGGGAGCGAAUCGUCCAUCACACGGCUAAUACGGACCACUGACAUGGUAGCGGAGCGAGUGUUCACAUGCGCACGGAACCUGAUUAUUUUCCUCCGUGCGUUCUCAAAAUACUUAGGCGAGCCGUCUAGGAAAAGACGGCAGAGCCAUGCAAUCCAUGGCGGCGGAGUGCCACUUGUGGGGCGGCAUGAUAUUCCGUCUGCUCUCUCAGUGGACAUUUUCCCUGAAGAUGUAUUUCCGAUGGCCAUCGAAGUGGAACUUUGCGAAGAGUUCCGUGUCAUGGCUACCAUGCCACGGCGUUAUUAUAUUGUCGGUAACUGCCUCAUUCCUGGAGCUCUCCUCGGCCGGAACGUUGACAGAUGGCGAGAAAGAGGUUUUGAUUUCGCAAUACGGUAAAAUCCAUUGGAAAUACACACACCAUCCAACUCGAUAUCAGUUGCUAAUCGGCUAAAAAUUGCAGAAUGCGACACUGCAUGCAUGAUUUCUGCCCUCAGGCGGCGUUUAGUGCGGUUCAGUACAUGAGGAUGUGACUUCGCUAGGGUGCGUGCGGAUUCACAGCACGGUUUCGGGUCCGAAGAUAUUGUCUUUAUCUCCCUGCUCAUUGGCUGAGCCGAUAUCAACACAUGUGUAGUUGGGCUCCCUUCUACUCGAUGACGGUUUAUUUAUUUCUGAUUUCCUCCAAUCCGAUUGAUCGCAUUCUCACCCGCAAUUUCGGAUACUUCAAAGUAAUUCUGCCUAAAGGACGGAUGCAAUGAGAUUCGCAUCGACACAGAGUAAUUCUGGCUACACGAAAUGGUUGUUCUUCACUCUUCUGGAAGAUGCAGUCCGUGGUAGCACGGCACACCUUUCUCCCAUGACAAGGUUUUGCUUAUUGUCCCGGGUGUAUAUUUUGACUCGCUCCCAUUUUCUAAGCAUUAUUUUUUCUCAUAACUUCAUGGUGCAUCGCUGUCGUCGCAUGGCGAAAAUAUGUCUCAUGAGCCCAAUCUCUCGGAAGAAUAUAAACUUUCCUAUUUCCGAUCGAG